AUGGGGCCCAAGGACAAGAAGUCUAAGAGGGCAACCAGGAAAUUUACUUUGGAUCUUACUCAUCCCUCAGAAGAUGAAAUUUUUGAUUCUGGAAAUUUUGAACAGUUUCUACGGGAGAAGGUUAAAGUCAAUGGAAAAAUUGGAAAUCUCAGGAAUGUGGUUGACAUUGAACUUUGCAAGAACAAAAUCACUGUUGUUUUUGAGAAACAGUUCUCUAAAAGGUAUUUAAAAUACCUUACAAGGAAAUAUCUGAAGAAGAAUCUCCGUGAUUGGCUUCAUGUAGUUGCAUCUAACAAGGAGACUUAUGCACUUCGCUACUUCCAGAUAAGUCAAGAUGAAGAUGGAUCUGAGUCUGAAGAUUAG